GCGCGCGCGAGGCCUCGGGGCGGGGCGCGAUGGCGGAGCCCGGGUGAGGCGCGGGUUUACUGUCCAAGAGGAUUUAUACCUUGCUUAAAAAGAUGCCUGCUGCCUGUGAGUCAGUGCUUGAGGAUAUUGAAGACAUUGUGUCAGCAGAGGAUUUGAAGCCGCACGACCGGCAGUUUGUGAGAAGGAAUGUUUUUCCCAAAGUGCGAAAGCGCAACUCCCAGAAGAACGCUCAGACAGAUGAUGAGCCACCAAGUGACAGCAUUAUUCCUGGUGUUCAGAAAAUCUGGAUUCGUACGUGGGGAUGUUCUCACAAUAAUUCAGAUGGUGAAUACAUGGCUGGACAGCUGGCUGCAUAUGGAUACAAAAUUACAGAUAACUCUGAUGAAGCAGAUUUAUGGUUGCUGAACAGUUGUACAGUAAAAAAUCCUGCUGAGGACCACUUCAGAAACUCAAUCAAGAAAGCCCAAGAAGGGAAGAAGAAAGUUGUGCUAGCAGGCUGUGUACCACAAGCUCAACCUCGCCAGGAGUACCUGAAAGGCUUAAGUAUUAUAGGGGUUCAGCAGAUAGAUCGUGUAGUAGAAGUUGUGGAGGAAACUAUUAAAGGUCAUUCUGUGAGACUGCUGGGUCAGAAAAAGGAUAAUGGAAAACGUUUGGGGGGAGCACGACUGGAUUUGCCAAAGAUUAGGAAGAAUCCACUGAUAGAAAUAAUUUCCAUCAAUACAGGGUGUCUCAAUGCAUGUACCUACUGUAAAACUAAGCACGCCAGAGGAGAUCUAGCAAGUUAUCCUAUUGAAGAACUGGUGGACAGAGCCAAGCAGUCUUUUCAAGAGGGUGUUUGUGAGAUAUGGCUGACCAGUGAAGACACAGGGGCUUAUGGCAGAGACAUUGGCACAGACCUCCCCACGCUUCUGUGGAAGCUGGUUGAAGUUAUUCCUGAGGGAGCUAUGCUGAGGCUUGGCAUGACAAACCCUCCCUAUAUUUUAGAGCAUCUGGAGGAAAUGGCCAAGAUUCUCAAUCAUCCAAGAGUGUAUGCUUUUCUACACAUACCAGUCCAGUCAGCCUCUGACAGUGUGCUCAUGGACAUGAAAAGAGAAUACUGUGUGGCAGACUUCAAACAAGUAGUGGAUUUCCUUAAAGAAAAAGUGCCUGGAAUAACAAUUGCUACAGACAUCAUCUGUGGAUUUCCAGGAGAGACAGAUGAAGAUUUUCAAGAAACUAUGAAACUUGUAGAACUGUACAGGUUUCCAAGCUUGUUUAUUAAUCAAUUCUACCCACGUCCAGGAACCCCAGCUGCAAAAAUGCCUCAAGUUCCAGCUGCAGUGAAAAAACAGAGAACGAAGGAUCUGUCCCAGCUGUUUCAUUCAUACAACCCAUAUGAUCAUAAGGUUGGUGAGAGGCAGAGAGUUCUGGUAACAGAAGAAUCCUUUGACUCCAAUUACUACGUUGCUCACAAUCCUUUCUAUGAGCAGGUUCUUGUGCCAAAGGAUCCUCUGUUAAUGGGUAAGAUGGUAGAAGUGAAUAUUUAUGAAGCUGGGAAACAUUUUAUGAAGGGGCAGCCAGUAUCAGAUGCCAGAGUUCAUACUGCAUCCAUCAGCAGACCGUUAGCAAAAGGAGAAGUUUCUGGUUUAACAGAGGAGUUCCGACGUUCAGCGCAGAAUGGCACAAAGUGGAAAGCACAGCCUAAUGCUGAGAUCCCAGUGAAAACACGGCUCAGCUCCUGGAUGGCUUUGCAGCUGCCAUGGCAACAAGAGGGAGGUGGACUGAAGAUCCUGUCUGUCAGCCUGGCUCUACUGGCAGUUCUUGUUAUGUUUUACUACGGAGGAAUGAAAACAGAACUGUGAACUGAAUGGGGCUUUUAUCUAAACAAUGAAACUGCUGUUCAAAAUCUUCAAAGGAAACACUUUUACCAGCAAAUCUUUUUUUUAUUUUAGAAAAAAAAAAAAAGCUAAUAUAAAUUGGGCAAUAAUUUGUACUCACUCUAUGCCUUUCCUGUCAUUCAAAGGAGAGAACAUUAAUAAGCUGUGGGAAGGCCUAUCUUGCCAAAACCUGAGAUCCUUGCUUGGUAGAACAGGUUGUUACAUCUUCUCUUUUCUUUUUUUUCCUAAAAUGAUGCAACGUUUGCAUCACAUGCUCUUUCCAUAUUUGCUGUAUCAGAUAAAAUUGCAUUAGUUUUUUAAGGAAUCUUUCCAUUGAUUGAUAUUGGUCAUCUUGUAUGGGUAGAUUAUUUAAAGCUUUCCUAAAGAUUUUGCUUGAUGCAGUGUGAUUGUUUGAUAUCUGUCUUUUUACAUUAGAAUGAACACUGCCAGGCCAUUAAAGUUUGUUAUUUGUUGCUAUUUA